UACUGUUUAAAACAACCAUAUAUUAUUGGACUUUUCUCUGAGUUAUAAUUAAUUGGUUGUCCACAGUUCACUCAAUAAAAGAAGAUAGCGGUUUCUCCAACUUUUCAGGCAGUACGUUACCAUGGAAGGAGCUCAUGAAAAGCUGCUACAUCUCACUUUUGACGAAGCAGAAGGAAUAGAGACAUCUGAAAAUGCAAAAACCAACAGCCGUCAAUCAAGUAAAUUUAUACUAUGGUUCCAAAUAUUUAUCUUUACAUUCUUUGCUAUAGCUGGCCAAGCAGCUGGCACUCUAUUGGGCAGAGUAUACUAUGAACAAGGUGGCAAAAUUAGAUGGAUUGCUACAUUGGCACAAACUGCUGGAUUCCCAAUUCUUCUGCCUUUCAUUUUCUAUCCUUCAACCAAAAAUCACAAUGAAGAAAAUGAACUUAGCAUUCACAAGCCUUCUUUAUUAAUUCGCGUUUCGGUUUACAUCUUCCUCGGCUUAUUUCAAGUAGCAAAUUCCAUGUUAUAUACAGUUGGAGUACAGUACCUUCCAGUUUCUACCUAUGCCCUAAUCUGCGGUUCUCAAUUGGCGUUCAAUGCGCUCACCUCGUUCUUCAUCAACGGGCAAAAGAUAACCCCAAUUAUAUUGAACUCAGUCGUGCUCCUCUCCUUCUCUUCCUCAGUUAUUGUUUUCCAGAACGAGACGGGUGAUAGCGGAGAAAUAUCCCAGACAUCUUUGUUAAUAGGAUUUUCAGCUGCCACUAUGGGGUCUCUAGGUUAUGCAUUGCAGUUCUCGCUAACAGAACUCGCGUUCCAAAAGGUCUUCAAGAGUGGCAGUUUAAAAGUCGUCAUGAAAAUGUCGUUUUUCAUCGGCCUUUUCGUGACACUUACUUCUUUAACGGGGCUUUUCGUGAGCGGUAAUUGGAGGGAUUUGGAAAAGGAAAUGGGAGAGUACAGAACAGGAAAAUUGUCAUAUGUUUUAAACUUAGUUUGUACGGCUAUUUCUUGGCAGUUAUAUGCCGUUGGAACGGUUGGAUUGGUAUUCAAGGCUUCCUCUUUGUUCUCUAAUGUGAUCAUCAAUUUAGGAACUACAGUUGGGCCAAUUUUUGCUGUGGUGCUCUUGAAAGAUAAAAUGAGUGGGUUGAAGGUGUUUUCAUUGUUGUUGGGGUUAUGGGGAUAUGUAUCCUACAUCUAUCAACACUAUCUUGAUGAUAUAGAGGCAAAAUCAGGUGAAGCUAAAUCAUCAGCUGAGGAUGAUGAUUUUUAAGCCUCCUCCAUUCAUAGAACUUGCAUGAUAGUUUGACUUAUUGUUUAGACUGAUAGUUCAAUAUGUAAUGUAAUUAAGAACUGUUGGAAUUAAGUUCUCCUAAAAAUAUCGCUUUAUAAUGUAUGUUGUGUAUUCUUUCAGAAGAAUGGAUCAAAAGUGUUCCUAUAAACUUGUUAUUAGA